AUGCAAGCCAUGAACGAUCCGUCGAUUUUUGGCAGCGUGUUGCCUUUUGAGCCAAUUGCGUUGUAUGAGCAACCUAAAACUAGGUUUAUUUUCAAAAUGCCGAGAGUGGUGCCGGAUCAAAAAGGAAAAUUUGAAUCUGAUGAAUUGUUCAGACGUCUCAGCCGGGAAAGUGAGAUAAGAUACACAGGCUUCCGCGAUCGGCCUCAGGAAGAGCGUCAAGUUCGCUUCCAAAACGGAUGCCGCGAGGGACGCACGGAGAUCGCCUUUGCCGCUACUGGCACGAAUUUGCAGUUGGUUUUAACGCCGGACUCAAGCGGCGGGUACACGCAAACCGAAAGGGAAUGCGAUUUUGAUAAAGAACACGGAAAGGUUCACAUCCGAUCGUCCAUGAUAAUGAACGGCGUCUGCGUGCGCUGGCGCGGGUGGAUUGACCUAGAACGACUGGACGGUGUAGGUUGCCUGGAAUAUGACGAACCUCGUGCCCUUCAAGAAGACGCAAUGCUCAGGGAACAGAUCGACAGGUACAACCAAAGAUUGAGAGAUUUCGAAGAAAAACAAAGAGCUUACCGGACUCAUCACUAUCAGCCUGAUCACCAUAAGGCCCAAGAAGAAUUAGACGUCGCUGGAUAUUAUCAUAGAAGACAAAACAUGAUGCCAGUUGCAACGAGGCGAUGAAGUGUAGUAGAACUACAUGUAUGGCUUUGAGAUGGUUUAUUAGCA